GAGGCUGAGCCUUUGAGCAAAGGGGAACCAUGGAAAACAUCCCUACAGUGGGCUUGGGCACCUGGAAGGCCUCCCCAGGAGAAGUGACUGAUGCAGUUAAGUUGGCUAUCAACCUGGGCUACCGGCACUUCGAUUGUGCUUACUUAUACCACAAUGAGAGCGAGGUGGGAAUGGGAAUCAGUGAGAAGAUCAAGGAGGGCGUGGUGAAGAGAGAGGAUCUCUUUGUAGUCAGUAAGCUGUGGUGUACCUGCCACAAGAAGUCAUUGGUGAAAACAGCAUGCACCAAUACCCUGGAAGCCCUAAACUUGGAUUACCUGGACCUCUACCUCAUACACUGGCCCAUGGGUUUCAAGUCUUGUGAUGGAUGAUGGCACAAACAUCAGUAAGCUUCUCUUCUUCUGGUUCUCACAGCCUGGGGAAAAAGAUAUCCCUUUGGAUCGCAAUGGCAAGGUCAUACCCAGUCACACCAGCUUUCUUGACACUUGGGAGGCCAUGGAGGACCUGGUGUUUGAGGGUCUGGUGAAGAACCUUGGGGUGUCCAACUUUAACCAUGAACAGCUUGAGAGGCUUUUGGAUAAGCCUGGUUUGAGGGUCAGGCCGAUAACUAACCAGAUUGAAUGUCACCCAUAUCUUAAUCAAAAGAAGCUGAUUGAUUUUUGCCAUAAAAGAAAUGUGUCUGUGACUGCUUACCGUCCCCUCGGUGGCUCAGGAGGUGGGUUUCACUUGAUGGAUGAUACUGUCAUUCGAAAGAUUGCAAAGAAGCAUGGGAAGUCUCCUGCUCAGAUUUUGAUCCGAUUUCAGAUCCAAAGGAACUUAAUAGUGAUCCCCAAAUCUGUCACCCCAAGUCGGAUUAGAGAGAAUAUCCAGGUAUUUGAUUUUGAAUUAACUGAAAAAGAUAUGGAGGAACUCCUCAGCCUAGACAAGAACCUCCGUUUGGCCACAUUCCCCACAACUGAAAAUCACCAAGACUAUCCUUUCCACAUAGAGUAUUGAAAACAGCUUCACUCGCCAUCAUCUCUGCUCAGCAGAACCAGAUCACCAAGCUCUGAUCCAACUCUGUAAAGGCUAUGUGGUCCCUGUGUGACCACAGCACCAGACACAGACACAGCCAAGAAUGACAACAGAGUAAGAACAAGGAAAUCCUACCUAGAACAGAACCAGUUCAGAGAAAAAAUAAAGACCUAGGUAUGAGACAGGGAAAGACCAUGGAGGCUGUGGCUGCUUCCAAGUUGUUAGGAAUAGCUGAGUGCAAAGAAUAUUGUAAUUGUUGUCAGUUAGUCGUAGCCUUUCUGGCUUCUAUUUUCAGAAGUGAAAUGCUAAUUGCUCACGAAUUAAAAUUACCUUCACAUUUUAAGAAAACCUGCUUGACAGAAGUGUUUGAAUAAUAUGUAAGAUUUGAGAAAUUAGUAUAAUUAAUAUCCAUGAGAUGGUUUCAGUAACCACGGACCUGAGGCUGAUUGUGUACUCUACUCUCCCAUAAUUUUCUAGAUGAUAUUGAAGCAAAAUUUUCCUGUAUUUAAGAGAAGAAAAGGCUAUGGAGCUGAGACCCCAGCUCAGACAAAAUGUGUUUUUAAUUUUUCUUACUUAAAAACUUCUGUGUGACUCAUUCCUACCUACCCUACUGCCAUGCGAAUGAGGAUGGAAUUCCAUAAAACUGAUGGUCCAGAACUUGUUCCUGUCUGUAUUAUGAGAAUAUAAAGUAUCACCAUUUUUUCCUAGCCAACUGUUAGUUGGAAUAAAGAAAAUGUGGGAGCCCCAAUCCUCUGUGUAAAGACACUGACUAUCCCGUGAGAACAUGCUUUCAAAGCAAUUAUUUUAAGAAACAUACAUAAAUAUUUCUUUCAGGCCACAGCCAUGUCUACCCUAUGAAAAUCUAAAUACCCCCUUCUUAGCUAGGGAAGCAUGUGGUGUCUCAUCUUAUAUCAAAGUUUUGUCAUCCUGCUGCCUUCCAAACUACAGGGAACCUAAAACUUGCUGGUGAUAUAGAAACAAUGAUUUUCAACUUGAUUCCCAAAAGGAAAAUAUUUUUAUUAGAUAUAUUCUCUAUUUACAUUUCAAAUGUUAUCCCCUUUCCUAUUUUCCCUUCUGAAAAUUCUCUAUCCUCUCCCCACACCACCUGCUCCCCAAAACACCCACUCCAGAUUCCUUGUCCAGGCAUUCCUGUAUACUGGGGCAUAAAACCUUCACAGGACCAAGGGCCUCUCCUCCCAUUGAUGACUGACUAGGCCAUCCUCUCCUACAUAUACAGCUAGAGCCACGAAUCCCUCUGUGUGUUUUCUUUGAUUGGUGGGUUAGUCCCAGGGAGCUCUGGGGUUACUGGUUAGUUCAUAUUGUUGUUCCUCCUAGAGGUCUGCAAACCCCUUCAGCUCCCGGGGAACUUUCUCUAGCUCCUUCAUUGGGGACCCUAUGCUUUUUCUAAUGGAUGACUGUGAGCAUCCACUUCUGUAAUUUUUAUCUCCUUCAUUUCAUCUUCGGAGAGAAGCAAUGGGGGUCAUUUUGCUUUGUGGGGUUGUCUUCAGAACAGGCUUCCAAAGGCUAAGUGGAAGGUAACCAUCUUCAGAGCAUCCUCAGACUUCUCCAAAAUCUCUGUCACCCAGCCCUGACUUCAGGUCAGUUGCUGGCAAAUGAACUUGUGAUAGCUCCAUGAGGGGGGACAUGACUGUGUUUGUCUGGUCCUCGUCUUUCAUCCUGGCAACUCCAAACAUGAGGCUGGCAUACAGCUGGUGCUCAACAGUAAUUUGCUGGGUUGCUGUCCAAUGGCCUCUACCAAGGAAGGAGAGAAAGUACAGUAGGGAUGGCCCAAGCUUUGGAGCUGGACAGACUUGAGCUUAACCUUUCAGCCACCUUAACUUCAGACUGUGCUGUCCCUCUCACCCAACAACUUCACCACAGCACCUCAGCGAGCUCUUAGGAGUGUCAGGAAAUAGCAGAAAAAGCCUUUAGUCAACAAAGGCAGAAACUUCUGCUUUGUUUUCAGUCCACAAACAUUUAGCACUCAACUAUAUGCAAGAUACUGUUCAAGCAUAGUGGGCAAUCCCAUGUCAUAAUGGCUUCAGUUAGUUUUCGUGACAAUCCUCUGAAGUUGGGUCUGCUUACCACCCUCCUUUGCAGCUUCAGGCUUUGAAA